CAGGCAGUCUAAACUUUUCCAUUUCGACAAAGGACUCCCCAAAGGAGUCUACAUGAUAACAAAAGUAUUCCGGAUUUUUGUAUUCCUUAUCCUUGGCUGCACCAGCGUAACCAACAGCUGCAAUAAUUAAUUUCAGCAAAGUUACUUUUCAACAAUAGUUUUAAAUUUGCUUACCUUGAUUAGGAACAUCUACAACUUUAUUGGUCAAUCCAGGAACCUCUGGUAUGCUUGAGCUUUUUGGCUGAUGUGUUGUACUACCUUGACUAGUUUUACCGGAAGCAAGAUUACGUUUCAGAAUAGCACUUGAUCUCUGUAAAUAAUAGGUACCGCAUUCUCGUGUAGCAGACGGCGUUUCAUCAUGAUUGGUCCGACUGUUUAAAGGCCAUCGUUUAUUGGCAGACGUUAUGUAACAUUCCCAGCUGAUUGUACAUGGAAGAUCGUCGUCGUCGCCGUUGUCGGCUGAAGUUUUUCUCUCUAUUGGUGAACAAAACAAAAAAGCUUCAAAAUGGUGCUGUUAAGAAUUAUGAUGGAAAAAUUCAACUAUUAUGAUAAGCCAGAAGGAGAAGAUCCUAUUGGUAAAAUUAUGGGAUUGACAAAAUAUGGAAUAUUAACAGGAGGAUUUAUAGCUAUUUACGAUGCUUGCAUGUAUUCACAAUGCGCCACUGCUGCUCAGUUCUUUAAUACAGCUGGUUACUGGAUGCUGCCAAUUACCGGCAUGUGUGUAACAUUCUCAGCUGUUACAUACACUGCAACAAAUUUAAGGAAAAAGGAUGAUAAAAUAAAUUAUCUACUGGGAGCUUUAGCAUCAGGUGCAGUUAUGCAUGCUUGGCUAAGACAACCCCUGUUCAGUGGAUGGGGAACCUUUUUCUUAGUAGGGUAUGCCUUAGCAAAGAAAGAUUACAAGCAAAAUUGUCCAAGUAAAAAUCCAAUUUUGCCAAACAUAGAUGAUGUUCAUAAAAACUAUUUAUUAUGGAGAAACAUACCAUAUAGAAAUUACACUUGGAAACCAAGAUGGGAACCGGGCAGGGAAGAUUAUUACAGAAAUUUCCAAUGAAUUAGUAAACAAGUUAUUUUGAUUUAAUCAAUCAUUUCUUUGAUAUACUAUCUCAGAAUUAUAUGUACUUUUUAAGUCAGUAUAUUCAAUACAAUGUUGGUAAAAUAAAAAAGCAUCUUAGAUUCAUAACAUUUAUUAUUUAUUUGAAUUUAAUUAGUUAUUGAAACCUAUGGUUAUGUACAAUGAAUCAAGUAAAAAAGCGUAGAAUAAAUAGAACAUACUCGUCGGCAAACUCAUUAUCUAUGUAAGUGUUUCGCCUUUUGUAACCUGAAACAGACAUUUAUGACUUUAUGACUUUACUUAUUUUUCGUAAAACUAGAGUUGUAUGUAUUCCUCUUACGCAUGCUUCUAAAUAUUCAAUUCUUCGUUCCAAUGUGGUCAGCUUUUCGUUUAGAACAGCUAAUCGGGAUCUACAAGACAUAUC